UUCCCUUCCAAAGGGUUUUGAUGAGAAGAGAAACAAAACUGGGAAGAAAAGGAAGAAAUUAACCCUCGAAUUUGAUAGAACACCCCCAUUUCAGGGUCUGAAAUAGCUACCCUACCUCUCUCUCAGACACUUGUUUCUGCUUCCUUUACCAUUUUGACCCCUCCUUUUCCCAUUUUGCCCCUCUCCCUCUUUCCACACGAAUCUCAGCACCCCCCAACUUGAGAAAACCACCCCAUUUUUUCUCUCAAUAAGAGUUCAAUCCGUCCAUUUUCUUACAAUUCUCGAUCCGUAUCUUCCCCCUUUUGGGGGGUGUUUGAGCAAAUAUCCCGUUCUGUGGGAUUUCUAGGGUUUCACCGGAUCGUUGCUGUGUCUGCGGCAAUUCUGUGGUCUGCUCUGAAUCAAGGAUCAAGAUCGUGCCAGCGCAGAUAAUGGUCGCCGGUUCGGAUCUCUAUGGCAGUCAGGGCCGCUGCGAAUUCAGUAGCUCAGGGGUCGAGUUUCUUGAUGUUUUCGCUCGGUAAAUUGCAUUAUUCCAGUACUCGUUGGCUGCAAUGGUAACCGUCUGUGCCUUUUGGACAUGGAAGAAGACUGCACUUUAAAAUUUGUGUUCGAGACUUGUUUGGAUCAGUGGUGAUGUGAAUUCGCCAUCUGAUUCGGUGUUUCAGGUGUCUGAAAUUGCUGAGGUGCGAUUGCUUUUGGCCACUGGGAGCUGCCCGUUUUCGCAAUCUGAUAUGGGUUUUUGGUUGAUCAGGCGAUGGUAGUAAUAUAACGGUCUGAUCGGAUUGCAGCUGGCCAUUGUUUCUCAAACACCAUUAGGGUCAGUGUAGAGAGGCAUACGUAGUGUAUGAUUUUUGUGGUUGUGUAUCUGGCAUCAGUCGUGGUAGUGCUUUGGUGUGUUAAUUGUGGAUAUUGAGUUUCUCAUUGAUUUUUCGUAGAAUUUACGUAAUUGCCACUGCUGGGGACUGUUGUUUUGCAUUGAUUUUUUGUUGAAUUUAUGUAAUUGCCACUGCCGGGGACUGUUGGUAGAGGAUUUUGGAUCGUCGUGUUGUUGGGAGGGUAGAUGAUCGUGGGUUGUUUUUGAAGAUUGAAAUCAACACCUGGAUGUGGUGCAUAGAUGGGAGCAUGGUUACAAGUCCUUUCUGUUCCUGGAACAUCGUUUCUUGGACUUAGGUGAAGUGCUUGUAUUAGGAGGAGCUUCCAUUGCCGAUCCAGGGACCAUACCUGUGCAAUGUCUCGCUGCUUUCCAUUUCCACCGCCGGGAUAUGAAAAGGAGGCUAGGAGUGACGACACAGAUUUACUAACAAAGGAGAAGAAAAAAGAGAAAAAGCAUAAAAAGGAGAAAAAGGACAGAGAAAAGAAGGAAGGUAAAGAGAAAAAGGACAAAGACAGAAGCAAGGAUAAACAUAGAGAAAAGAAAGAUCGAAAGGAAAAGCACAAGGACAAGAAGAAGGAUAAGGAUAGGGAGAAGGACAAAAACAAGACAUCAGAUGAGAAGAGAAAUGAAGGAAAACCUGAGGGUCACAAUGAAGCGAAGCUUGGUACAAACUGUCAGCGGGCCGAGGAGCUUGAGGAUUCAAAAUUUACAGAGGAGCUUGGGCGUCGGAUCAGAGAUGAAGCAACCGGGACUGGAAAAAUGGUUGAGAGUAUCAGUGGUACAGAUCAAAGAAGAAUGGAGGGGAUUGGCAGAGCAUUGGAGAAGGACAUUGAGAAGAGGGCUGAAGCAAAAGAAAAGAAUAAGGUUAAGGGAGGUGAUGAUAGAAGGAGAGACGGACACAAGGAGGAAAGAGAUGGGAGAAGAGGUGCCGGAAACCAGAUCUUUCAAAAUAUCCCUGGUACAGACAGAAGGAUUGAGGGGAUGGGUAGACCGACAGAGAAGGUUGGAAACCAGUUUUCUCAAAACAUCACUGGUACAGACCAAAGGACUGAGGGGAUGGGUAGACAGACAGAGAAGGAUGGAAACCAGAUCUUCCAAAACAUCACUGGUACAGACCAAAGAAGGAUCGAGGGGAUGGGUAGACCAGCAGAGAAGGUCGGAAACCAGUUCUUUCAAAACAACACUGGUACAGACCAAAAAAAGAUUGAGGGGAUGGGUAAACCGACAGAGAAGGAUGGAAACCAGAUCUUUCAAAACAACAUUGGUACACACCAAAGAAAGAUUGAGGGGAUGGGUAGACCGCCAGAGAAGGAAGCCGAGAAGAGGAUUGAAAAGAAAGAAAAACAUAAAGAUAGGGAAGGCAGUGAUAAAAAGGGAGAUAAACACAAGAAAAGAGAUCGAGAGGAGAAGAGAAGCAAGGGAAAAGAAAAAGACCGGGACAAAGAGAAGGAAAAAGAAAAAGAGAAGGUGAAGGAGCAAGGCGAACACAAGCAUACAGAAGACAAAAUAAGAGAAAGUGGGAAGGGGCAAGUAGAAACUACCCUCAACAUCAAACCCUCCGGCCUUCCUCCCAAGGAAAGUGAGAAGAGUACUGGUGCUGAGGGAAAUCUCAAGAAGAGAAAGGGCUUUGAGACAAAUGGAUUUAUACAUGAAAAUGAGAUGCGGCCAAAUAAGUUGGCAAGGCCAGCUUCUUCCUCCCAUCCGCCCUUGGAAAACGGAAGGAAGAUAGAGUCGUGCCAUAUAGCUACCCAGUGCGCCCCUGAUAGGCAGGGAGCAGCAACUGAUAGCAGGAAGGCUGAAAUCAAUAAGGAACAACAGCAACAGCAGCAACAACAACAACAUCAUAAGCUUAAUGGUAUUAUAGAAGCUCAACCAUCUGCGGCCGUAUCGAGGCCUUCGGUCUCUAUAGAAGCUAGUGAGAACGGUGAAGCAUCUACCAGGCCGCCUCACCCCGAUUCUAAGUAUCUAAGCCAAAUACUUGCCGUGCCCAAGAUGGCGGAAUGGUCUGAUUUUGAUGACCAGGAGUGGCUGUUCGGUGGUGAUAGUCUUUGUUCGAAGUCCAAGGCGGUGGCAUCCGACGUGCUCAGCAAAACGCCACAAGUGUGGGCGGAAGCACUGCGAAUCGAGUCGGCCGAUGUUUAUGCUUUGCCGUACGUCAUUCCUUACUGAUACCGAGGGCAUUCCCUUCAUAUCCUAAUGCUGAUUCUCAAAGUAUCCAUCGAAGUUAUAGCAGCAUCUGUCUUGAAGAUGGGUUGCCAGUUAUCUUACUGCAUUCUGUUGUUAUUAUUCUCCUGUUCUUUCAGGUAUGAAUUUUCAACCCUGUUGCAGUAAGUAUAAUACGUGUGACGUUGUCUUUAAACUGUUUGAGAAGUGCGAGUUAGAUCCUUGCGGAGGCGAUUGGAAAGUGUCUUCACAGCAAAUAUGCCGACGUGGAAUGUGUGUGAAAUCCUGUCCAUUCAUAAGGUGGGUGUCCUCAGUGAACAUGCCCUCUGCCAAAAAAAAAAAAAAGAAGAAUAGAGAGGUUCGACUGCUCAUUAGCAAGUUCUGAUGCACACAAUCCCACAAGAUUGAGUGGAGCUAGCUCAACUUUUGGGGUCAGGGCAUGUUCCUUCUGGGCCCCCACCCUGAUGUUGCACGUCUCAUGUUGGCCCACGGUCUGCGAACAUGCCCUCUCCAACUGCCACCGCUUGGAUCUCCUUAGCAGGGAUCAAACUGUUUUACAUGGAAUCAUCUGUCACAAACAGUACCAUUGCUUGCUCUCCAGUAGGUUGGUGCAUCUUGCAGGACUUGGAUUAAAAAAAAGGCAGAUUUCCCCCAUGACUGUAACUAAUCAAAUGAGAAUGAUACCUUCAAAGGAUGUUGAUCCUUCUUGCAUACUGCAAAAGAAAAUAAA